GGCGCCACCACCACCAGUGGUUACUUCUCCUGGUUCAGUGAUCAUUCCCAAAGGAAAAUGUCAAAAACCAUGGCUAAUAAAUGUUGCCAUUGUUGUCUCAGUUAGUGCCACUAUUUGUUUUUCAUUGUGGGGUAUUGUUCGCUAAGAAGGAGAAGAAGGAAGAAGAACAAUCCAGUGCAAGAAGUUGGGACUGAUAUAACCUCUAUAAGGUCACUGCAGUAUGAUCUCAACUUCAUUGAAGUGGCAACAAACAAGUUUGCAGACGGUAAUAAACUAGGUGAAGGUGGAUUUGUUGUGGUAUACAAGGUAAUGUUUGUAUUCAUGUCUAUCAAGUCAGGUUAUCCAUGCCAAGUCAAAAGAAUUCAAUUCAGCAAUCAGAUUCUUUUGAUGUUGGGUCUAGUCACUGUUUUACAUUUUCAGGGUAGUUUUCUGAAUGGAAAAGAAAUAGUUGUGAAGAGCCUAUCAAAAAGCUCUGGACAAGGUGCAGAAGAAUUCAAGAAUGAAGUUGUAGUACUAGCCAAGCUUCAGCACCAGAAUCUGGUGAAGCUGUUAGGAUUUUGCACAGAACGAAAAGAGAAGAUGUUUAUCUAUGAAUUUGUUCCCAACAAAAGUCUUGACUUCUUCCUCUUUGGUCUGGCCUUUCUUCACAUUUAUCUGGAUUAAACUGUUCUUUACUUACUUAUGGGUAUUAUUCAUAGCUAUUUAGCAUUACUGCUCUUGUUCAGUUCUUUCACAUGUCAAUCCAAUUGCUAAUUGCUGUAAGGUAAUAUAUUCAGAUCCUGAGAGAAGUGGAGAAUUGGAUUGGCCAAGACGUCACAAGAUAAUUAAGGGGAUUGCUCGAGGCCUUCUAUAUCUUCAUACUGAUUCAAGGGUCAAGAUCAUACACUGUGAUCUAAAAGCUAGUAAUAUUUUGUUGGAUGAGGAUAUGGUCCCGAAGAUUUCAGAUUUUGGCAUGGCAAGAAUUAUUGAAGAAAAUCGACCACAAGAACCUACUAAGAGAAUUGUUGGCACAUAGUAAGUUCUCCAUCCCGAAAUCUUUCUCCUUUCUUGUUUGAUGAAGGCUAACUAUAAACUCUUCUUCAUUGAACUGCUAUCAUUCCAUAUUAUAGUGGUUACAUAUCUCCGGGGUUCACAAUGCAUGGAAAGUUCUCUGAGAAAUCAGAUGUGUUUAGCUUUGCUGUAUUGAUGCUAGAAAUUGUAUGUGGUAAAAUGAACACAGGCUUCUAUAACUCUAAUCAUUCUGAAAACCUUUUAACCCAUGUAAGUGCUGGCAAAAAAUUUUCUCAAUGCUAAAUGCUCUCCCUUUUAGACAAUAAAGAGCAUGUUUUAUC